CUCCCAACUGCAAAGUGUGUUGAUGGUCAGCACAGGAGAUGAUUCGCAAUUGAGUGCUCCGAUAACCUUUGAAUCAAUCAGAGAGAGGAUUCUUCAACCCAGAAGAAACGAUUGCCCAUUGAAGGGCAUUGAAGCCGUCCGAGUCUCCCUUGCCACAGCCGUUGAAUUUAUCACAAACUUACAAAGAAGAGAAGAUGCAGCAUCGCCGAGCAUUGAGCCUCGCAUCUUGGACACCUCUCUCAAUCCGGACGAUCAUGAUGCACCGAGCGCAGAACUGUGGGCAGACCAUGUUUUGAAGCAUGCUGAUGAUGUUAAGAACCGAUAUACAGUCGAGGCAGCUCUGGAUAGAGUCUUGAGGGCAAGGGUAGGAGAUCAUUCUAGGAAGCUUGCAGCCCAUCCUUUCAACAGAACGUGGAAAUAGAGUGCAAUCAGACUGUUUCUGGAUCUGAGCAAUCUCCUCAGUCUAUCAUCUUAAUCAUCGCAUAUCACUCACAGCGGUGCGGGAGACCUUGGUCAAAGAUAAUCGCGAAGCUAGAGGCUCAAUGCACCACCAAGCAAGGGAUAACGCACGGAACAACGCGCUAACUGGUCAAGAAGCGUACACUCUUCUCAAAGCAUAGCUAUCAGCCGUCAUUGGUGGAGACUUCGAAAGAAUAGUACUGGUGUAGGGUGAGACAAUUGAAGAUGUCUUCGUUAUGGACUCAAGAAUUGGAGACGCGGGU